AUGUAAACUAUACGAAUACUUUUUUCGAUUUUUGUCAUCUCUUAGUCAUAAUGGUAACUUGUAAGUGAAGACUUGCUAAAUUUUUCUGUCUCGAGCAGUAAAUGGAACUAUGGAAACACAUGUAAUUGGGACAAUGGAAGUAUGGGUGGGGGUGGAGCAGUUUCUGGAUGCUCAUCUAAUGAUAUUGAAUAUAUUUUAGUGGGAAGUUACAAAGUUAGAGCCUACUAUUCUGUGUUAAACUUGCCUCCUCAUUAUUAGGUCAAAGUGGUAGUGGAUGGCUAUUUUCUAGACUCUGAUAGGGACAAUAUAUACUAUGUAUCAUACGAAGUCUAAGGAUCAACCCCCACCUAUUCAUUGUAAUAUAAGGAUAGUGCAUUGCAAGGGUAUGAGGAUGCUUGUAGAGGAUCCUGGGGUAGAUUUGAAGUUCAAACCUUUAUAAUGACUUUUUCUCAUACUGAUUAUAGUGAGAUCCGAUUCAGGGUGUGUGGAACACUUAUGGAUUCGAGAAAUUAUGGUGUAAGGGGUUUAUAGAUUUAUGUUAAUAAAUGUCAUUGGUCAUGUUUGAAAUGUAGUUCAAACUUAAUAACUGGUUGCUUGGCUUGUUUCACCGAUCCCUCUACUACUUUUGCUACUGCUUAAGCCUGUGGUAGUUGCCCUACUAAUAAGGCAUUUAUUGAAUACAUAGAUGACACAAAGAGUUGUGUGGUAGAGUGUCACUACUAUAGAGUUCCAGAUUCAAAUAAUGUAUGCUAAUUUAAUGAAAGUAUUUCUUUACAUUGAUCUAGACAUGUUCCCUUACACAACAUACUUUGACACAACCUCAUUCAGUUAAACAUCUCCGUGGGUGUUUGUUCCUGAUCCAAUUAAUUAUAACAUAUUUUACUCCAAAAAAAUAGGUUCGAUACCUUGCGAAACUGGUAAAAACUAUGUAGGACCAUUCUUAUAUAACGAAGCUUUUAGUGUGACUCUAUAAAUUCCCUAUAACAUAUCUUAUAUAAGGUUUAGAGCAACCAUUGUAAAGCUAAAUGAUUGGGUUGAUUAUUCAGCAGUUCAUGUGUUAUUAGAUAAUAUUGAAUUUGCGUCUGUUUACACAAUAGGUCAAGUUCUCACAGGUCGAAAUGCUGAUUAUUUAUAUUCUGAAUUAAUUUGUACUCCUCCUAGUGUUGGAUAUUUCAGAUUUGAGGCUAAACUGAAAUCAAAUAUUACUAAUCCUGUCUUAACUCUAUAAGGGUCUAUGGAGUACAAAUAGAUUUAUAAUUUUAAGUUAAUUUGGCUAAUAAUCGUGGGGUUUUCGAGAUGUAGUUAUGGAUAUUAUGCGAUGUUAACCAAAUUGUGAUUGGUGUGAUUUUGACUUGAAAUGCUAUUCAUGUUCAUCAGGAUUUCUUUAUAAAAAUAAAUGUGUACUUAGUUGUCCAACGCACUCAGUAUAAUAAACAGGAGUUUGUAAAGACUUUGAUGAACUAGUUGAGAGUAUAAGAUUUAUCUAUUUUAGAUUCAAAGUAUUUAAUCAAAGCAUUUUAUGACUCUUCAAAUACAACAGAUACAGAUGUUAGCAAUAUUGUAGGGACGAUGACGAAUGGAGGCUCAGAUUUUACAACAUCAGAUGGCUUUUUAAACACUAACAUUAAGGUUUAUUUUAGUUAUUAUAUGGGUAAAAGAGUGUUGGGAGGUCCAUUGGUUUGGAACUCAGCAACAUUUACAAAAUCAUACACUUUAAAUCCACAUUACAAAUUUAGAUUUAAAUUCACACUAAUUUUAGGAGAUGAAUUUUCAGGAGAUUUUCAGUAUACAAUUGGAGGAACUUCAUAGACAUUGGAAUAUUCUGACUCAGGCUUUUCAUCUACAUCUAAAGAAGUAGGAAGAGAUGAGCGAGAUAAAUAUAUUACAAUUGAUAGAACAAUAGGGCAUACAAGUCUGAGUUUUUCCGUUUAAAUGACAUGCAAUUCUGACAGAUCAAUUAGAAGCAAUUUUUGUCUAGUUUACGAUUAUUUUAUAAUCAUUUUAGAAGUAAAUAGUUAACUUAAAUUUAGUGUACUUAAUAUUGUACUGCUUGCAGUGGUCCAACAUGGGCAGAGUGCUCUGGAAAACAAACAUUACCAACUGAAAUGUCAUCACCAACAACUUGUAUUAAUAAGGCAUACUAUUUUGACAACACAGUUACUCCUGCUGUGUGUAGGACUUGUACACCUUCUUACUGUUUAGAAUGCUAAAAUUCUUAUAUUUGUACUAAGUGUGCUUCUAACUUUUAUUUGUAAAAUGGAAAAUGUUAAUGUUAUCCUUGGACUUAUUUGACAGUUUCUGAUACUUGUCAAAAUUGUCAUCCAUUAUGCGAAUCUUGUUAUGGAGCAAAUAGUAAUGAAUGCUUGUCUUGUAAUAGUCAUCAGCACAGAUAUUUGAAUAAUAAUUUUUGUAUCUGUGAAAAUUAUUACUAUGAUGAUGGUAUUAAUUAUAAGUGCUAAUCAAUUUGUGGCGAUAUGAUAGUAGCCGAUGGAGAGGAUUGUGAUGAUGGCAAUACAAUUAGAUUUGAUGGAUGCAAUAAUUGCAAAUUUGAAUGUUAGAAGGAAUGUUUAACAUGUGUUAAUGGUUAAUGCUCUGUUUGUGCUCCAGGUUACACAAUUUAAAAAACUAUGAAAAUGUGUUAUCCUACAUGUGGAAAUAGUUCCCUUGUUAGCUAAGAAUAAUGUGAGGAUAAUAACCUGACUCCUUAUGAUGGAUGUUUUAAUUGCUAAUUUUAAUGUUAGCCUUAAUGUACAAAUUGUAUCUAUGGUAAGUGUUAUGAGUGCGAUAAUUCUAUUGGAUAUUAUAUAAAUUUGGCCACUUUUAAAUGUGUUACUUAUUGUGGAGAUCUAAUUGUUGCUGGAGGAGAAAUGUGUGAUGAUGGAAAUAACAACCCUUUUGAUGGAUGCAACAGUUGUGCUUACUCCUGCGAUUCCUUUUGUGCUUUAUGCAUCUCCGGUAUUUGUACCAAGUGCAAAUCAGGGUUCUAAUUAUUAAAUUAAAAUGGGUAAUGUGCCCCAAUUUGUGGAGAUAAGCUCAUUACUUACUAUGAAGCAUGCGAUGAUGGUAAUGAAGUCAAUUCUGAUGGGUGCAGCUAAUGCAGUCUCACUUGCUAAGAGUAAUGUACAUCUUGUCUUCUUGGAAUCUGUUAUGAAUGCAAUACUCCUGGAUAUUAUUUAAAUCCAAAACUUAAAUAGUGUACUUCUAUAUGUGGGGAUACUGUUCAAUCUGUUUUAAAUGAAUAAUGUGAUGAUGGCAAUAACACAUUUGAAGAUGGAUGUUAUUAAUGCAAAUAUGAAUGCUAGGCUGAAUGUCUGACAUGUGCAGCAGGAAUCUGUUAUAGAUGCAAACCAAACUUUUAUCUUAAUUCUGAUAAUACUUGUAUUCCUAUUUGUGGCGAUGGAGUAAUUUCUAAAUAUGAAUCUUGUGAUGACUAUAACUUUGUUGUUGAAGAUGGAUGCUCAUAAUGUUCUUAUUAAUGUGAAAAGACUUGCACACUCUGUUAAUUUGGUAUUUGUAAAUAAUGUCAAAGCGGAUAUUACUUAAAUUAUUCUUUCGAUAAAUGCUUACCCAUCUGUGGUGAUACACUAAUAUUAGGAGAUGAAGAAUGUGACAUUGGUAUUAUACCAUUCGAUGAAACUAUUAAAAAUACCACUGGAUGUAUUAGUUGUUAGCUCUAAUGCUCACCAUAAUGUGAAAUUUGCACUUAAGGCUUAUGCUUAAAAUGCAAAGAGUCUUUAGGAUGGUAUUUAGAUUACGAAACAUCCUCUUGUUACAGUUAAUGUGGAGAUUCAAUUAUAAGUGAUUAUGAAGAAUGCGAAGAUCUUAAUUCUUAAUUAAAUGAUGGAUGCAAUCAAUGCGUUUUUACAUGCUAGUAAGAAUGUUCAAUAUGUAUUUUUGGAUUAUGUAAAUAAUGUAACCAAGGAUAUACAUUAAUUAAUUAAAAAUGCUUACCAGUCUGUGGUGAUGGGAUAGUGGCUGGAGACGAGGAAUGUGAUACAGGAAUAAUUGAUUUUGAUGCAUUUAAUUGUGUCAAUUGUAGAUACAAAUGUGCAGAAGGAUGUAAUAAUUGUGUUUAUGGCACUUGUUUAGAAUGCAAAAACAAUUAUGGGUUUUAUUUGAAUUUAAAUCAUUAAUGUGAAUCCAAAUGUGGAGAUAUAAUUAUAACCAACAAUGAGAGUUGUGAUGAAAACUCAGAAUCAUGUGAAAGUUGUAAUUUUGUUUGUGAUGAUAAUUGUAAUAAUUGUAAAUUUGGAUUUUGUUAUGGUUGCAACCCAGGUUAUGAACUACUUUUAAACAGAUGUGUCAGUAUAUGUGGAGAUUCAAUUUAAACAAGCAUUGAAGAUUGUGAAAACGAUGACAUUGUCCCAUUUGAUGGAUGCUACUCAUGUCAAUUUUAAUGUUAAGAUCAAUGCCAAUAAUGUAUAAAUGGAGAAUGUAUAUUAUGUAAUUAAGCUAUGGGAUGGUAUCUAUUAAAUAAAAAAUGUGAAACGAAAUGUGGAGAUGGUAUAAUUGCUGGAUUAGAAGAGUGCGAUGUCAGUUUGAAUUUUGAUAAUGGAGAUGUUUCAUCUAAUUAUUGUUUUAACUGCAUAUUAUCCUGUGCUUAAAAUUGCUCGAUUUGUGAUAGAGGAAUCUGCAAAUCAUGUUAAGAUGGAUACUUUUUAAAUGUUUAUAAUGAAUGUGUAAACAUUUGUGGUAAUUUAAAGACCGAAGACUUUGAAGUAUGUGAUGAUGGUAAUAUUAAUGGUUUUGAUGGUUGUUUCUCAUGCCAACAUGAUUGUUAAUCUGAAUGUUAAGAGUGUGUAAAUGGGUAAUGCAUCCUAUGCGAGGAUGGAUUUGAAUUAGAUUAAGAUACUUAAUAAUGUCAAUCUAAAUGUGGAGACAUGAAACUAACUCAAUAUGAAGAGUGCGAUGAUGGUAACUACAUACCUUAUGAUGGAUGCUAUAACUGCAACUAUUCUUGUACUGAAAAUUGCAAUAUUUGUGUCAAAGGAGUUUGUUAAAGUUGUUCUUAAGGGUUUGUGCUUUCAUUUCCCAAAUGUAUCCCUGAUUGUAAAGAUAUUAGUUAUACUUAAAAUGCUGAUGAGUGCUAUCCAUAAAAAUAAUGCUAAAGUGAAUGUGUAAUUUGUAUAAAGGGUGAUUGUUAUUAAUGUUAAACUGGAUGGUAUUUGAAUGGUUUAGAACAUAAAUGUGAAAGUAUGUGCGGAGAUGAAAUUAUAGUAGGGUAAGAGUAAUGUGAAGGAUUCUUAAAUUAUGAAAGAGAUGACCCAUAUUGUAAUAGUGAAUGCUAAUUUUCAUGUCCUAGCAAUUGUGUUACUUGUUCUUUAGGUAUUUGCCAAGUAUGUCAAAGGGGCUUUUAUUUGAUAGAAAAUAAGUGCUCUCAUUAUUGCGGAGAUGCUUAAAUGACGGAACUCGAGAUAUGUGAUGAUAAUAAUCUUACACCAUUCGAUGGAUGUUUUUAAUGUCGAUAGGAUUGUGAAGAGCAGUGUACUUUAUGCAUUGAAGGAAUAUGUUAGAUGUGUUAAAGGGGCUAUGAAAUAAUUGAUGGACAUUGCUUUUCUAUUUGUGGAGAUGGUAUAAUUACAGUUGAUGAAGAUUGUGAUGAUUAAAAUUCUAUUAAACAUGAUGGUUGUAAUUAAUGUAGAUAUGAGUGUGACAAAAAUUGCUCAUUUUGUGAAUUUAAUAAAUGUAUAUUUUGUGCUGAUGGGUUUUAAUUAUCAGGUUAGGCAUGUAUUUCAGUUUGUGGAGACGGUUUAAUUGUUGGAAAUGAGAAGUGUGAUGACGGUAAUUUAAUUGAUGAAGAUGGGUGUUUCGAAUGUCAAUAUGCAUGCCAACAGCAAUGUCAAUCAUGUUUAUAUGGAUCUUGCAUUUUGUGUAAUGAGGAAAAAGGAUGGCAUGCAACAUCUCAAGGAGAUUGUCAACCUCUAUGUGGGGAUAAUAAAGUUGCUGGAUUAGAAUAAUGCGAUGAUGGAAAUGAUUAGAAUUAUGAUGGGUGUUACGAAUGCAGUUAUAUUUGCUAAAAAGCUUGCACCAAAUGUAUUAAUGGAUUGUGUUAUGAAUGCAAUACACCAGGUUGGAGACUAGAAAACUAUUUUUGUUGGGAAAUAUGUGGAGAUGCAAUAAAGGUUGGAAUUGAAGAAUGCGAUGAUGGUAAUGAUGUCCCUUAUGAUGGAUGUUUCGAUUGCAAAACUUAAUGUGAAGAAGCAUGUGUUGUUUGUUCUGAAGGAUAAUGUUAAGUAUGUGCAUAUGGUUGGUAAUUGAAUGAGAAUCAUAGAUGCGGAACAAUUUGUGGAGAUUAAUAUGUAAUACCUAGAUUUGAAGAUUGUGAUGAUGGCAAUCUCAUACCUUAUGAUGGAUGUUACGAAUGCAAUUAUUAAUGUGUUUAACAUUGUACUGAUUGUAGAAAGGACGUAUGUUAUGAAUGUGAUACACCUGGAUGGACUUAUGAGAGCAAAACUUAACAGUGUAUUCCAAUUUGUGGAGAUGGUGAAGUUAAUGGAUAUGAAUAAUGUGAUGAUGGCAAUAUAUUUGAAAAUGAUGGUUGUAGUAAUUCUUGUGAAUAUUCAUGUCAUAUAGCUUGUCUUACUUGUGAUAGAGGUAAAUGUUUAGAAUGCGAUCGCUUUUUGGGAUAUUUUGUAUCCAAUAAUUAAUGUUCGUCAUAAUGUGGAGAUGGUUUGUGGGAACAAAAUACAGAAUAGUGUGAUGAUGGAAACCUUCUGAAUUAGGAUGGUUGCGAUAAAUACUGUAGGACUGAAGUGGAUUGGUAUUGUAAAAAUGAACCAAUGCAAAUUAGUAAUUGCAUCUUCAAAAGAUAGCCUAGUGUCGAAUUAAAAUUGUUAUCAUAAGAAGAGAGAGUAUCUAAAAUUGAAGUAACAUUCUCUACUUAAAUGAUGCUCUACCAAAAUUACAUCUUGAUUGAAAAUGAAAGCAAUAAUCCCACUAUAACAGACUUUUAGCUUUUCAUGGUCAAAGUUGAUGAAUUAAAUGAGGGAGAUUUUGAUUAUACAAUAGAACCUGUCGUUGGAUUCUAAGAAUUUCCUCAAGAAGUUAAAUACAUCAUAUAUUUAAAAAUAUUGAAGAAUAUUUCAUAUGAUUAAAUUAAUGUAAUGGUGGUUGCUGAUAAGAAAUUGAUUAUUUCUGAGGAUUUAGUCAAUUUAGAACAAAAUUCAAGUUAAAUUAAAAUCUCAGUUCCAUUUAUUUAAGAUGAAUUGUCUUAAAAAGUUGUUGAACUUUUCUCGAAUGCAAAUGAAAUUUCAAUAUAUACUACAAUGUGUGUUUCUCUAGUGAGUAUAUUCUCAACAGGCUAUUCAAAUCUUUUUAUGACUCUUGAUACUAUUUAAUAUCUCUACUACACAAGGUAUAUCAAUUUGGAAUUUCCUUAAAAUUUGCAAUAGAAUAUGGAUAAUCUAAAGAAGUCUUCCUUGAGUUCAAUGGUUACCAAUAAACUCAAAUAAACAGGGUUAUCCUAAAAAGUCACAUCUCAACCCAAAGAAGAUAAUGAACAAGAAUAAGGCAUGCCCAAUAAAUUUAAAUAGGAUAAUCUACACUAUUAAUUUACUACAAAUAUAAAAACAACAGUUGUCUCCUUGUCUAUAGGUCUGAGUAUCUUCCUAACUACUUUAUCCAUCUCGAAACUACUUCAUCUGAUUCCACCUCAUAAAUUAAAUGAUCUUGGCACAAUAAUUGGUGGGGGAAUCUUGAAAGUACGAUCAAAAUGCACUAAGAUAUCUAAUGACUUUUUUUAUUCUGGAGCUAUUAGAUUAAUAACAGUUAAUUUUUAUGAAAUGCAAUUUGCAUCAUUAAUCUAAUUAUCACAUGUUAGUUUUAAUUCUUAUAGUGAUAUUGCAAAUAAUAGUGCAGCUGUUGCCACUCUAGCCUUCACCUGCAUUUUCACUAGUUUGCUUAUUCAUAGAAUAAGAUAGAUCUAAACUAAAUAAUCAUUAACGAUGAAGUUUUACAUUAAAACUUUAUUUUAAUCGGAUGAGAAGAGCUAUUUAAAGUCAACGUGGUAAAUGCAGUAUAAUACAAUUUUGCUUGUGAAAAAGUCAGCGUAUAUGUUAAUAAUAGUUUGUUUCUAAAACCAAGGACUUUAUUAAACACUUGGUGUUGCUACCUAAGCUGCUGCAUUUGCAACUUAUUUGGCUGUAUCUUCACCAUUUUCAAAUAAUGAGGAUCAAAUUAAACAGUUGAUCACAGAAUUAGGAAUGAUGGCCAAUACUCUAAGUUUUGGUGCAUACUACACGUACGAGUACUUUUCGAUUUCAAAAGAGAGCUUAAGUUAAAUUGGAUGGUUUAAUAUCGGCAUUUUCACAACCAUAUUGACAUCUAAUUUAGCCAUUGAUUUUUCUUCUUAAGUUAGAGUGUUAUACAAGAAAGUAAAGAGGAGUUUUGACAAAUUCAUGGAGAAUUAGAUGCCUACUUAAUCGAGAGUCUAGCCCAUUUUUGUUUGA